UGAGGUCCUACGAGUCACGUGAUUUCUGAACACUCAAAAUGGCUGCCCACUUAUCAUACGGGAGAGUUAAUUUAAACAUUUUGAGAGAAGCAGCACGAAAGGAGCUCAGGGAGUUCUUGGACAAGUGUGCUGGAAGCAAGGCCAUAGUUUGGGAUGAAUAUCUGACUGGACCUUUUGGACUAAUAGCGCAAUAUUCCCUACUUAAGGAACAUGAGGUGGAAAAAAUGUUUACCCUCAAGACCGGCCGGCUCCCCUCGGCCGAUGUCAAAAACAUCAUCUUCUUUGUCCGUCCAAGACUAGAGCUCAUGGAUAUUAUUGCUGAGAAUGUAUUCAAUGAAGAUAAGCUGCAUUCGACCCGUGACUUUCACAUCCUUUUUGUACCCCGGCGGAGCAUGUUGUGUGAACAAAGGCUGAAGGAGCAGGGUGUGCUUGGCUCCUUCAUCAACAUUGAUGAGUAUAUCCUGGACCUGAUUCCCUAUGAUGGUGACCUGCUGUCCAUGGAAUAUGAAAGUGCCUUCAGGGAGUGCUACUUGGAAAAUGACCAAACAAGCCUUUACCACACAGCCAAGGGUCUUAUGACAUUACAGGCAUUGUAUGGCACCAUUCCACAGAUUUAUGGGAAAGGAGAAUGUGCGCGGCAUGUUGCCAACAUGAUGCUGAGGAUGAAAAGGGAGUUUGCAGGUAUUCAGAAUCAGAUCCUGCCCGUGUUUGACACCCUGCUUCUCUUAGACCGGAAUGUAGACCUGCUAACUCCUCUGGCUACACAACUCACAUAUGAAGGUCUCAUUGAUGAGAUAUAUGGAAUCACUAAUGGUUAUGUCAAGUUGCCACCUGAGAAGUUUGCCCAGAAAAAACAAGGUGAAGCAAGUAAAGAUUUGCCCACAGAGCCCAAGAAGCUGCAACUCAACUCAGCAGAGGAGCUUUAUGCUGAAAUCCGUGACAAAAACUUCAAUGCUGUUGGCGCAGCACUCAGUAAAAAGGCCAAAAUUAUUUCUGCUGCCUUUGAGGAACGACACAAUGCGAAAACAGUGGGCGAAAUUAAGCAGUUUGUUUCACAAUUGCCUCAUAUGCAAGCAGCACGGAGCUCUCUGGCUAACCACACAUCCAUUGCAGAACUCAUUAAGGACAUCACAACAUCUGAGGCAUUCUUUGAUAACCUAACAGUGGAGCAGGAGUUCAUGACUGGAGUUGACACAGACAAGGUGAACACGUACAUUGAAGACCGCAUUGCCCAAAAGGAUCCCCUCAUCAAGAUUCUGCGGCUCGUGUGCAUGCAGUCCGUCUGUAACAACGGCCUGAAACAGAAGGUCCUCGACCACUACAAGCGGGAGAUUCUCCAGACCUAUGGCUAUGAGUACAUCCUGACACUGAACAACCUAGAGAAAGGGGGUCUUCUGAAACCACAGACCAGCUCAAGGAAUAAUAACCCUACUAUUAGGAAAACCCUUAAAUUGUGGAUGGAGGAUGCAAAUGAGCAAAACCCCAAUGACAUCUCCUACGUGUACAGUGGCUACGCACCAUUAAGCAUCCGACUCACCCAAUUGUUGGCCAGGCCAGGGUGGCGAAGCAUCGAGGAGGUGCUGAAGAUGCUCCCGGGUCCACACUUUGAGGAGCGCCAGCAGCUGCCUGCUGGACUCCACAAAAAACGCCAGCAGGGGGAGAACAGGACAACACUGGUGUUUUUCCUGGGAGGAGUGACAUAUGCCGAAAUAGCAGCUCUCCGUUUCCUUUCCCAAAUGGAGGACAGCGGGAUGGAAUACGUUAUAGCGACAACCAAACUCAUCAAUGGUGCAUCUUGGAUCAAAUCUCUCAUGGACACACCCGAAGCUCAGAUGCAUUGAGUCAACUGUGACACACCUGCACACAUCAAACAACCCUUUGAUUGACAUCUCUUCAUGUUAGUAUCAGCAUGCUGCAGGUGUCUCAUUGAUGUCCAUGUUCGGGAAACGGAUUGCGCUCUUUCUGUUCCUGGAUUGUACUGAGGUAAUGAAAAACUGUCUUAUUGUUACUGUACACUGUGAGAAAGUCACUUCUCUAUUAAGAAGCUAUUGUAUGUAUUAAUAAAGCGUUUGUCAAAAUGUAAUUUGUGAGGAAAAAUGUAUUUAUUAAUUUUUUUACAAUUAUUGUUGAUCGUUCCUCUUCUUUGUGUGUAUGCUUCUUCCCUUCCAGAUAAAAUAUAUUAACUAAAUCAAGAAGUUAAACUGGUCCCUCUAUUAUUCAAUAUUGUCUGCAACACUAGUGAUGUGAAUGCAUCUUUUUUUUUUUUAACAGAGGAUUUUGAUGAGGGAGGUGGGAGUAGGGCUGUCAUCACUGGCCCAGCCCUCGGAAGGAGCAAUUAGUGCAGUAACAGGCCUCCCGAUCAGCCGAUAAUGCUCCUGCGCCGUCUGGAGAGCUCAGGCCUCAGCAUCCUAUCAUUUGACAGCACAGGACACUGAUUGAAUUAGGAAGCCAUUUGCUCAAUGUUCCGGCAGAGAAUAACUGUGCGGCAGCAAGGCUUUAGGUCUUCAGUCAAUAUCAUCUCCUUGUCUUUACUGUAUAAACAAGUCUCCCUGCUGACAGGACAUACUCGGUGUACUCUUCAAGGAUAAAUCCAUGUUUUUUUCUAAUUAGAUUUAUGAGUAAGGUUUGCUUGAUGGGUUUUAUAUUAUACUAGUGUGGGUCUGAGGAGCAGGUGCACAGGAGGCAUAACUACCAUUAGGAUCAAUCCCAGGGGAAUAAAAUCCUUGUGAUCGGUUCUUGUCUUUGGCUCCUCCUCAGUUGGGAGUUGAAAGGCUGCAGGUUGCACCAGGCAACUUCGCGGCGAGGAGAGUAACAGCCCGCCCUGUGAACACCGCCGGUCCUCCUUCAAUAACAUCAAGAAUGGGACGAGGUGGGAACCUGGGACACCUGACUCUUGCUGCUCCCAGGCACAAGACACAGGAGGUGCAUCUGGAUUCCGAGCCUUUGUUUAUCCGCUUCCUGCGGACAUUCAGGGAAAUCCUCAAAUUUGUCCUCUUCAGCUACACUGUGCUUUUCGGUUCCUUGCUUCUCGCCCGUUGGACCACUUACUACAUGGUGGGAAAGUAAAACGACCAAAAAAAAAAAAAAAAUCAAUCUGCACUUGGACGUGGAGCUCUCUACUCAAAUUGAAGAUGUUUAAUUUUGGACUCGAAAUCCACACCUCAGUAACACUUUAAAUGUAAACGUUUUUUCCUGCUUCACUAGUCUAUACCUAUCACAAAAAAAUGUCAUAAUUUUGUAAGGAUGCA